AUGGCCGAGGUGGGCGGCUUCCUGGGCUCGCUGGACCCUGACCUGCACGGUUUCCCACCCCCCGCCUUGGGCGGCGGGUUACCCCUCGCCGAUUCCCCCGGUUUCCUCAACGAGCGCCUGGGGCAGAUCGAGGGGCGGCUUCAGCGGGGCUCCCCCACCGACUUCGCUCACCUCAAGGGCAUCCUGCGGCGGCGGCAGCUCUACUGCCGCACCGGCUUCCACCUGGAGAUCUUCCCCAACGGCACGGUGCAGGGCACCCGGCAGGACCACAGCCGCUUCGGGAUUCUGGAGUUUAUUAGCCUGGCAGUGGGGCUGGUGAGCAUCCGUGGGGUGGACUCAGGACUCUACCUCGGCAUGAAUGAGAGAGGCGAGCUGUAUGGGUCGAAGAAGCUCACACGGGAGUGUGUUUUCCGGGAGCAGUUUGAGGAGAACUGGUACAACACGUACGCCUCGACCCUCUACAAACACCCCGACUCGGAGCGGCACUACUACGUGGCUCUGAACAAGGACGGCUCCCCCCGGGAGGGGUACAGGACUAAGAGACACCAGAAGUUCACCCACUUCCUACCCAGGCCCGUGGACCCUGCCAAAAUCCCCGCUGUGUACAGAGACCUCUUCCACUACAGGUGAUGCUUCCCGCGGCUGCCCCGUCGCUGUACAUACUUGGGCUGCCAAGCUUUCCCCUGGAGCACUAUACUCAUAGUCAUUCCAUCAUUCCUGUAAGCGUAGACGACGUAGGAAAGCACUCACAUCGGAUUCAGACACUGCUGUUCCUCCUU